CACAACGUCUCUUAUUAGUUAAGAUGUCUUGCUGGUUAAUUUUAGUAUCAUGCGUUGCUGCAUUUGGGGAGGUAAAGCCAGGUUGCCAAGCCAAAUGCGGCAAUAUGAGCAUUCCUUACCCUUUUGGAAUAACCCCUGGUGGUGAGAAUGAUAAUCGAGCAGCAGGAGGGUGCUCUAUUCACGGAGUUGGGCGGGGAUAUAAUAUUAACUGCAAUACUUCAUUUGAUCCUCCCAAGGCCUUUAUUGGCACAGGUGACGUUGAUAUUGUAAGUAUAUCAGAAACCCAGAUUCGCACAAAGAGCGUGGUUUCUAGAUUAUGCUACAACAUUGAUGGCGAACUGGAGGUAAAUGGAACGAAUGUCUGGAUCAAACUGUACGGUAGCCCAUUUACGUUCUCGAACACAUCAAACAGGUUUUUUGUGAUUGGCUGUAAUACGGGCGGGUUUAACCUCGGGUACGAUAUUCUUGACAAGAAGUAUACAAGCCAAUGUGUUUCUAUGUGUGAUAGUAAGGAAGAUGUCCGUGAAGGGACUUGCAAUGGCAACGGGUGCUGCCAGAGUACCAUCCAACACGGACUGAAAAGUAUAUCAACAAGGGUGGUAAGGAAUGAAAACACUACUAAUACCCCCUUUUUAUCCUUCGAUCCUUGCAGUUAUGCUUUUGUGGCUGAACAUGAGCAGUUCACAUUUGAAGCAUCAGAUCUUCUAAAUGUAACUAAAGCAUUAGAUAUGUCAGUCGUUCUUGAUUGGGCUAUAGGGAAUAAGACAUGUGAAGAAGCAAAGAAAGAUCCGACCACUUUCGCAUGCCAGGACAACACUCAUUGUAUCAAUUCAGACAGCAAUCCAGGGUAUCGCUGCACUUGCUUCGAAGGUUACAAGGGGAACGCUUAUGUCAGUCCUGGAUGCCAAGACGUGAAUGAGUGUGAGGGUCAAGACAAUCCCUGUGAUGGUAUCUGCAUCAAUACGAAUGGAAGCUUCAACUGUACUUGUCCGGCUGGAAGCCAUGGCGACGGGAUGAAAAACGGACGAGGUUGCACCAGCGAUGCUGUCCUGACUCCAAGAGAACAAUUUCCGAUAAUAAUAAAAGUUACUAUAGGUAUUGGUUUGGGGAUCUUGUUUCUAAUUAUUGCAAGUUCUUGGAUAUACUUGAUUAUAAGAAAAAAAAAGUUGAUCGAAUUGAAAGAGAAAUUUUUCCAACAAAAUGGUGGGCUGCUAUUAAGACAACAGCUAUCGUCAGAUGAAGGUGGUGCAGAGACUUCAAGGAUCUUUACAGCAGAUGAGCUAAAACUAGCUACCAAAAACUAUGAUGAGAGUCUUAUUAUGGGAAAAGGAGGCUACGGAACCGUUUGCAAAGGAACCUUGCGUGAUGGUCGGGUAGUCGCCAUUAAGAAGUCCAAAAUGGUUGAUCAGAGUCAGAUUGAGCAAUUCAUAAAUGAAGUUGUUAUUUUAACUCAGAUUAACCAUCGAAAUGUGGUGAAACUCCUAGGUUGUUGUUUAGAAACUGAAGUUCCGCUGCUAGUCUAUGAAUACGUUCCCAAUGGCACACUCUUCCAACAUAUUCACUCGAACAGUGGGGUGCCUUCAAUCUCCUGGGAAAGCCGUUUGAGGAUUGCUGUUGAAACUGCGGGUGCACUUACUUAUUUACACUCAUCAGCUUCAAUACCCAUUAUUCAUAGAGAUGUCAAGUCUCCUAACAUACUUCUAGAUGAAAAUUACACCGCAAAAGUAGCAGAUUUUGGAGCAUCCAGGUUGAUUCCUUUGGACCAAACAGAAUUAUCCACACUGGUACUGGGGACGUUAGGAUAUCUGGAUCCUGAGUAUUUCAACACAAGCCAACUUACUGAGAAGAGCGACGUUUAUAGCUUUGGCGUGGUUCUUGUAGAGCUCUUGACUGCAGAAAUGCCCAUUUCUCAAGAGAGAUCUGAAAAGCAAAAAUGUCUUGCCCCCUACUUCAUUUCGUUCGUGCAAGAAAAUAAAUUGUUCGAACUUCUUGAUGCUCGAGUACUCAACGAGGGGACUCCAAAACAAGUCAAUGCAGUUGCAAAGCUUGCGGAAAGGUGCCUUGGCUUGAAGGGUGAAGAGAGGCCAACGAUGAGACAAGUAACAACAGAGCUGGAAAGUUUGAGAGGGGCAGGCAAACAAGCUUGGUCUCUUGUACCAAACCACGAAAAGAAAACGAGCUCACAGUUUGAACCCAAAGACCUCUAUAGUGUACCAAUAACCGGCUCAACAGCUGGUGGCUCUGGGCAAUAUAGUUCAUAUACAGGUGACUCUGGGCAAUAUAGUUUGAAUCCAGAUACCAUAGUCCAGAUUAACAUGCCUCGAUGAUUUUUAAUUUAUGUAGCUGUGUUGGGUUUAUGAGAAUGUUGGUUGUACAAUGAAUAGCAAUUUGUGUUAGCUAGAAGUCCAAAUAUAUUGUACAUCCUAUUUUAAAUUGAAGGAAUAAUGUGUAUGUUAAAAAAGAGAG